ACAACAAGGACACCAUUCAAACCAGCGGACCCUUGAAAAGCGACGUGGUUGUCAUGAUCCGAAUGCAUGGAUCAGCCAAGGUGAAGGUGUCAAUCAAAUACAUCACUGACAAUGACAGACUGUGUGAUGGUACCAAUGAGAAUAACAUGGUCCCUGAUAAUGCGGUGCCAUAUUCCUGGGUGGUGAAAAGAUGGACACCCUGUUCCAAGACCUGUGGAGGAGGUAUUCAGAUGACGCGUUAUGGCUGCCGUAAGAAUGCAGAGAUGAGGAUGGUCCAUCGCAGAUUCUGUGAGAAAAUCAAGCAGCCUCCGCCCCUGUUUAGAGACUGUUACUUGAGAGAGUGUGCUCAGCCCAUCUGGGUGGCUGGAGAGUGGGGCGAAUGCAGUAAGUCUUGUGGGAAGACGGGAACUCAGACACGUUCCGUACGCUGCGUCCAACCUCUGGGCGACGGCAAGUUCAAAUCCAUUCGCAGCCGUUACUGCAGUGAUGAGCGCCCAGAGUCCCGCAGAGACUGCAAUCGCAACCUGUGCCCUGCUGAGUGGAGGCUGGGCCCCUGGUCACAGUGCUCAGUGACAUGUGGUAAUGGUACGCAGGAGAGGCAGGUGCUUUGUCAUACUCGUGACAACACCAUUGGACUCUGUCUGGACUCCAAACCUGCUGCAUUGAGACCCUGCAGAAUGGAUCCCUGCCCAA